GGCUGGAAUCGGGCAGGAAUGGCAAUGAGUGCUGGCUUAAAUACCAAGUGAAUCAGGAUGUCAAUUGUCACGGUGCAGCUCGGGCAGUGUGGGAACCAGAUUGGGCACGAGGUGUUCAGUGCUCUCUGCAGUGACAGCCGUGGCACCCACGGGCUGUGCUCCAACAACGAGAACCAAUCCUACCAGGAUUCCUGCAAGGAACGGUUCUUCUGCCAGGAGCAAUCUGCAGUGCCUGCCGCCCGGGCUGUGCUGGUGGACAUGGAGCCCAAGGUGAUCAGCCAGGCCUUGUCCAUGGCUGCCAGCUCUGGCCACUGGAGGUACAGCAGCCACUCCCACUUCUGCCAGAAGCAAGGAUCUGGGAACAACUGGGCCAACGGGUACUGUGCUCACGGGCCCAGACACAAAGAAGCAAUCAUGGAGCUGGUGCAGAGGGAAGCAGAGAGAUGUGACAGACUGGGGGGAUUCCUCACCAUCAUGAGCAUGGCUGGGGGCACAGGGUCAGGCCUGGGGGCGUUUGUGACCCAGUGUUUGAGAGAUGCUUUUCCAACCUCCUUCAUCCUGAACCACGUCAUCUGGCCCUAUGGCACUGGGGAGGUCAUUGUUCAAAACUACAACUCUGUUUUGACUCUCUCACAUCUGUACCACUCGUCAGAUGCCCUCCUUGUCCAUGAGAAUGAUGUCAUCCACAAGAUCUGUGCCCAGCUGCUGAACAUCAAACAGAUUUCCUUCAGGGAUGUCAACCAAGUCAUUGCUCACCAGCUGGGCAGCGUUUUCCAGCCGGCUCACACAGCAGGAGGGGGCUCAGGCUACAGCAGGAACCCCUUAGGAGAUUUGCUGGAGUCGUUGGUCCCACACCCCGAGUUCAGGCUGCUGGGCCUGAGGAACAUCCCCCAGAUGGCCGAGAGCUCCCUGCCCUACAGCGCCUUCAGCUGGCCCGGCCUCCUCAGGCACCUCAGGCAGAUGCUCAUUGCCAAUGCUCAGAUGGAGGAAGGCAUUGACUGGCAAGUACGACCACCACAGCCAGGCUCCUGCAUCCCCUGCACAAACAAACCCCUGCACUUCAACACCUCCAUUGCCAACCUGCUCAUCCUGAGAGGAAAAGAUGUGCACAGCGUGGAGCUGGGAAGUUUCCAAGAUCCCUCCUUAUACACAUCAUGGCUAAACCCCCAGGAUGCUUUUACUGCAUGGAAAACUCCCAGAGCAUUUAACAAGUAUGAAAAAUCUGCUGCUUUGGUCAGCAACAGCCAGUUCCUGCUCAAACCUCUUGACAGCAUCGUGGGAAAAGCUUGGAAUAUGUUUGCUUCCAAAGCUUACCUUCACCAGUACACAAAGUUUGGAAUCCAAGAGGAGGAUUUCCUGGACUGCUUCACAACCCUGGAACAAGUUAUCUCCAGUUACACCAAUCUGUGAUUUAUUUCUUUGUUAAGAUCGUUUGAAAUAGAGAUUUUCUGAAAGAAUCAAGCUGGAAAACCUUCCAUCAACUCCCUGAAGUAUGUAAAUUAUUGACUGGAGUUCUUUUU